CCAGCGUUUCGAUCCCGGGCAGCUGCCGUGCGCCGCGAGCGGAGGAGUCCGCCUGGGUCGCCCACCAUGCGUUGGGGGCUGUGCCCUCACGGGCCCGGGGCGGCGGCUCUGGCCGCUGCCGGGAGCUUCUGGAGGCCAGCCCGCUUUCCCGGCCGCCUGGGGUGUCUGGGAAUGACGAGGAGGCUGGUGGUGCGGUCGGUGGCAGGGGCGGAUAGCCCCCAGAGCAGCCCGAGCAGCGGCAGAUACCGCGAUACGGUGCUGCUGCCGCAGACCAGCUUCCCCAUGAAGCUGCUGGGCCGCCAGCAGCCCGACAUGGAGCUGGAGAUCCAGCAGAAAUGUGGGUUUUCAGAACUUUAUUCCUGGCAAAGAGAAAGGAAAGUAAAGACGGAAUUCUGUCUUCAUGAUGGACCUCCUUAUGCAAAUGGUGACCCUCAUGUUGGGCAUGCCUUAAACAAGAUUUUGAAAGACAUUGCCAAUCGAUACCAUAUGAUGAGAGGCUCCAAAGUGCAUUUUGUGCCUGGCUGGGAUUGUCACGGGUUGCCCAUUGAGACAAAAGUGUUAUCGGAGCUUGGUGUAAAUGCUCAGACUCUUUCAGCCAUGGAAAUCAGAGAGAAAGCUAGAUCAUUUGCUAAAGCAGCCAUUGAAAAGCAGAAAUCUGCAUUUGCUCGUUGGGGAGUGAUGGCUGAUUGGAAUAACUGUUACUAUACAUUUGAUGGAAAGUAUGAAGCCAAACAGCUGAAGCUGUUCUACCAAAUGUAUGCUAAGGGCUUGGUUUAUCGAUCUUACAAACCAGUAUUUUGGUCUCCCUCAUCAAGGACCGCGCUGGCCGAAGCAGAACUGGAGUACGAUCCUGAGCACGUCAGUCGGUCGAUAUAUGUAAGAUUCCCUAUCUUGAAACCUCCUCCUAAGCUGGCAUCUCUUACAGAUGGCUCAUCCCCUGUUAGCUUUUUAAUCUGGACCACCCAGCCUUGGACGAUUCCUGCCAAUCAGGCUGUUUGCUAUAUGCCAGAAGCAAAGUAUGCUGUUGUGAAAUGUUCCUCUUCUGGGGACAUCUAUGUACUGGCUGAAGAUAAAAUACCACCUGUUGCUUCUGCCUUGGAAACAACAUUUGAAGUUAUUUCAACAUUUUCAGGUGUGGAUCUAGAAGGUGGCACUUGUAGUCACCCAUUAAUUCCUGAUAAAGCAUCUCCUCUCUUACCUGCCGCUCAUGUGACCAUGGCCAAAGGAACAGGAUUGGUUCACACAGCCCCAGCUCACGGUAUGGAAGAUUACAGCGUAGCAUCUCAGCACAACCUCCCUAUGGACUGUUUAGUGGAUGAAGAUGGGCUGUUCACUGAUGCUGCAGGCCCUGAACUUGAGAAAAAGGCUGUACUUGAAGAGGGAACAGAUGUGGUUAUAAAGAUGCUCCGGACUGCAAAGCAUUUGUUGAAAGAAGAGAAAGUGGUGCACAGCUAUCCCUCUGACUGGAGAACUAAGAAACCUGUGGUGAUUCGGGCCAGCAAGCAAUGGUUUAUCAACAUCACAGAUAUCAAGGCUACAGCUAAGGAAUUGUUAAAAACAGUGAAGUUUAUUCCUGGAGCGGCGCUGAAUAGCAUGAUUGACAUGCUGGACAGGCGGCCAUACUGGUGUAUAUCAAGGCAAAGAGCUUGGGGUGUCCCAAUCCCUGUGUUUCAUCAUAAGACAAAAGAUGAAUAUUUGAUCAACAGCCAAACCAUCGAGCAUAUUACGAAGCUAGUAGAGCAGCAUGGCAGCGAUGUCUGGUGGAGCCUCCCCCCUGAGCAGCUUCUCCCGGAGGAUGUGGUAGCUCAGGCUGGUGGUCCUGAUGCUUUGGAAUAUGUGCCAGGGCAGGAUAUUUUGGACAUCUGGUUUGACAGUGGAACAUCGUGGUUUUGUGUUCUUCCAGGCACUGAACAGAGAGCGGACUUGUACCUGGAAGGGAAGGACCAACUCGGGGGCUGGUUCCAGUCUUCCUUAUUAACAAGGGCGGCCACAAGGACAAAAGCACCUUUCCGGACAGUGGUGGUUCAUGGAUUUACACUCGGAGAAAAAGGAGAAAAGAUGUCCAAGUCCCUCGGGAAUGUCAUUAAUCCUGAAACUCUCAUCAAUGGAGGAAAAGAUCCGAGCAAAGAGCCUCCCUAUGGAGCUGAUGCCCUGCGCUGGUGGAUAGCCGAAUCCAACGUCUUCACUGAAGUGACCAUUGGCCCCUCUGCACUCAGUGCUGCUAGAGAUGACAUCAGCAAGCUAAGAAACACACUCCGCUUUCUCUUGGGAAAUGUGGCUGGGUUUAACCCAGAGACAGAUUCUGUUCCUGUUGAAAACAUGUACGUCAUAGACCAGUAUAUGCUGCACUUAAUUCAGGAUUUUGCGACAAAGGUUACUGAUUCAUACAAACAGUAUGAUUUUGGGAAAGUUAUCAGGCUGCUAAAAGCAUUCUAUACCAGAGAACUCUCCAGCUUCUACUUCAGCAUUGUCAAGGACAGGCUGUACUGUGAAAGUGAGAAGGAUCCCAAACGGCGCUCCUGUCAGACUGCAUUGGCAGAGAUUUUAGAUGUGCUUGUGCGUUCCUUUGCCCCAAUUCUCCCUCACUUGGCAGAAGAGGUGUUCCAGCAUAUCCCCUAUGUCAAAGAACCCAAGAGUGUUUUUCGCACUGGCUGGAUUAAUACAAGUUCUAUCUGGAAGAAGCCAGGACUGGAGGAGGCAGUGGAAAGCGCAUGUGCCAUGCGAGAUUCCUUUCUUGGUAGCAUCCCUGGCAGAAAUGCUGCUGAGUAUGAGGUUAUCAUUGUGAUUGAACCGGGGCUACUGUUUGAGAUCAUGGAGAUGCUGCAAGCUGAGGAGACCUCAAGCACGUCUCAGCUGAAUGAACUAAUGAUGGCCUCCCAGACAACACUGUUGACUCAGGAGCCACGGGAGAGAGCUGCAGAUGGAAUUGAGCUAACGGGAACAUUCCUCAUCAACUUGGAGGGUGGUGACAUCCGUGAGGAGUCUUCCUAUAAAGUCAUUGUCGUACCAACUGCCAGAGAAAAGUGCCCUCGAUGUUGGAAGCACACUGCCGAGACUGCGGACACACUCUGUCCUCGGUGUGCAGAGGUCAUCGGUGCAAAAUAGCAUUCUGUUGUUAACCACUCUCUGAGCAAGAGCCUUCUCAGGGCUGCCUGGGGGUGAAUUAUUAGAACCCUAGAAAGACAUCCAAGGGUUAGUUAGGUAAGGAGUGGAAGAGUAAAUGGCAAAAGAGGAAGAUAGGGGUAAAAUCAGAAUGUUAAAAGGAGUAUUUCGUGUAACUAAAAGGUUUUUACACAUACACGUGCGCAUGUACACACACACACACACACACACACACACGCGCGCGCGCACGCAGAAAUAUAUGCAGACAUAUAUGUAUAAAGGGCAGACACUCAUACUCAUGAUUAACUUCUGCAGAGUCAGGCACUGAAUAUGUUUACUUUCAAUGUGGCCAAACAGAGUAUUUUAUAUUUUAUUAACUUUUUUUGAUUCUGUAUUUAAGUUCUAUGGUGUCUG